UCCCGCGGAGGAGGCCCUUGCGCGGCCUGACUCGGAAGUGCUUCUGCCCUCAGGAGCCGAGGAAGCUGUCAGCAGCUCGGUGCGAUUUUCCCGCGGCGGCGGUGCACCGUGUCGGUAUGCGACGGUUGCUCCUUCCGCCCUUGAAGGCCUUGGUAGGGAGCCGGUGUGCAGGAUUCCUGGUUCCCAGGGCGGCGCCCAGAGCACAGUGUGGUUGCAGCUAUGUUGGCAGGCGGCCUCUGAGGUCAGGGCAAUACAGCACCAUCACGGACAUGGCAUUGCAGUCUGGUAGAGGUACAGUGUCCCUUCCUUCAAAGGCAGCUGAGCGGGCAGUGGGCCAAUGGCUGCUGGUGUGCAGUGGAACAGUAGCUGGAGCCGUAAUUCUUGGAGGAGUUACCAGGUUGACAGAGUCUGGCCUCUCGAUGGUAGAUUGGCAUUUAAUAAGGGAGAUGAAACCACCCACAAGCCAAGAGGAAUGGGAAGCAGAAUUCCAAAAAUACCAGCAGUUUCCAGAAUUUAAAAUCUUGAAUCAUGAUAUGACACUGGCAGAAUUCAAGUUCAUCUGGUACAUGGAAUAUUCACACCGAAUGUGGGGUCGCAUUGUAGGCCUUGCAUACAUCCUGCCCGGUGCCUACUUCUGGAGAAAGGGUUGGCUCAGCCGUGGCAUGAAAGGACGUGUUCUUGCCCUCUGUGGCUUAGUCUGUUUCCAGGGUCUCUUAGGGUGGUAUAUGGUUAAGAGUGGAUUAGAAGAAAAACCAGAGUCCUAUGACAUCCCUCGGGUCAGUCAGUAUCGCCUCGCUGCCCAUCUGGGAUCAGCUCUUGUUCUUUAUUGUGCCAGCCUGUGGACCUCACUCUCACUGCUGCUCCCUCAGCACAAGUUGCCUGAGACACGCCAACUCCUGUGGUUAAGACGAUUUGCUGGUGGAACGGCAGGUCUAGUGUUCAUCACAGCUCUCUCAGGAGCUUUUGUGGCAGGGCUGGAUGCUGGGCUUGUUUACAACUCCUUCCCCAAAAUGGGAGAAUCUUGGAUCCCAGAGGACCUCUUUACUUUUUCCCCCAUCUUGAAGAAUGUUUUUGAGAAUCCUACCAUGGUGCAGUUUGAUCACCGGAUUCUGGGAGUCACUUCCGUCACUGCCAUUACAGUGCUCUAUUUCCUCUCCCGAAGAAUCCCCCUUCCUCGAAGAACCAAGAUGGCAGCAGCUACCCUGCUGGCUUUGGCAUAUGCACAGGUGACCUUGGGCAUUAGCACUCUGCUUAUGUAUGUCCCAACUCCUCUGGCUGCCACACACCAAUCAGGCUCCUUGGCUCUGCUCAGUGGAGCCCUUUGGCUCAUGAAUGAACUCCGAAGAGUCCCAAAGUAAUUCUCAGAGGAUCACUUCUUAGGAUUGAAGCUGCUUUGGUAACUUAUCAGAGAGCACAAGAACUUGACAAGUGGUUUCCAAAUUGGUCAUGUUUUAAUUUUUGCCAGUCUUAAAGACUGUCACUGGAUCAAGGAUGUAAUUAACGUGUGUUUACACUAAAGGUCCCUUUUCUAGAAAAUGUCUGUCAGGUACUGCUUCUUAAUAAGUGGUUUCACUUUUCCAGCGUUACUAAGAGCUUGGGUUUCUGUGUCCUUGUGUUCCUGAGCCCUGCCCACUACAGUCAGGCUGCUGGGGACAGUGAAAUACUCCCAGGUGCCCAUUAGUUGUUAGUAGGCUGGCAGUGCUGGCCUGUGGCCAAGGUCCAAGGAUGUCAGAUUUCCUGGUUUUUAAGGAGGUCCAACAGAUUUUCAAAUGAAUGUUCCUAAUUAAAUGUUGGCAACUCAUUUCAAGUUUUUAAAACUGUUAUAUAGACUUAACUCAUCUGAAAGCUAUACACGGCCUUAGGCUGUACAUUUAUAAUUUCUGAACUGAUGAUGAGUUUCAACUCCAGUAUUUCAUGAGUUUGAGUGUACCCUAAAGUGUCCCAUUCUUGGGUGUUCUUAGCAAAACAAAGAUGUGCCUGGGAUUUUCAGAAAACCAGUCCCUCUGGUCCUAUGUUGUCCUUGAUUUUUCAAAAAAUCCCCAUACUUUCUGUGGGCUUGUGAUGCGAUUGUAUUCACAUUUGACUCAAAAACCUUAAAACCAAAGCUUCACCUCUGGUACUAGUAGGCUACUUUUCAAGCUUCCCCGGUGACACCAUAGCACAAGCCUGGGGACAACUAGCCUAGGCCCUCCUAGCCUCUUUACCUUAAAAAGUUCUGACCAGCUUGUUCCUGCUCCUUCCAAAUUUCCACUGUACCCUCCAUAUCUCCUUCCUAUUUAUAUGUUAAGAGGAUUUUAUUUUCUCUAGAUGGCACAAUUCUUUAAAGAAAGGGAACUGUAGUCAAGGGGAAGGUUCCCUACACCACUGUCUCCUGACCCACCAUGUUUUAUGUACAAACAGCAGAGGGCAGUAUGAUACAACUCAAAAAAAACUGUAUGCAGUUCACUCUUAAGAAAUUGGCAACUCAUGAAUUAAUUCAAUUCAAGUUUCAGAUGUUUUACUUCAUUUUUAUUUAAUUACAGUUGAUGAGUAAGUUUGGAAAACCAUAUGUGGUAUUUAGCUAUAUAACUGUGUUAUAAAACUUAUGAGCCAAUGAACACAAAUCUUCACAAUUAUUUUUUUGUGUUAUUUUCAAUACUAGACACUUCCCAAAUACUGAAGGAAAGCAUGGGUUAAUGUAAAAUGGACAAGUACUGAUUGAUACUACAAAAAAUCUCAUAAAGAAUUAAUUUCUAUUAA